UUUUAGUCAGAGACAGGACGUGGAAGCAGUGUCUGGGGUUUUGUCCGAUAACCGCGGGUUCUUCGUUAACUUUAAAACUGACAGGAUCGUCCACACUUCAGUUUCCGUCAUAAUAAUUAUUUUUAUUCGGGACCUAAGUAUUAUUACAAUCGAAAAAUGGCAGAUGAUCUAGCAGCACAAAGAUUCAUAAAACCUGGUAGUCAUAAAGGUAAAGGCAUUGCAGUCUUCACCAGUGGAGGUGAUUCUCAAGGAAUGAAUGCUGCAGUUCGAGCAGUCGUUAGAAUGGGUAUUUAUCUAGGAUGUAAAGUUUUUUUCAUAAAGGAAGGCUAUCAAGGCAUGGUAGAUGGUGGAAGUCACAUUGUAGAGGCGACUUGGUCCUCUGUGUCUUGCAUUAUUCAUAGAGGUGGUACAGUAAUAGGUUCAGCUCGAUGUAAAGAAUUCAGAGAACACUCUGGUCGUAGGAAAGCUGCCAAAAAUUUAGUAACUCGUGGAAUUACUAAUUUAGUUGUAAUUGGUGGCGAUGGUUCUCUUACUGGUGCAAAUCUUUUCAAGGAAGAAUGGGCAGAUCUAUUAAAGGAAUUGGCUGACGCAGGUGAAAUAACUAAGGAGCAAGCAGACAAGUAUCAACACUUGCAUAUCGUUGGUAUGGUCGGAUCUAUCGAUAAUGACUUUUGUGGAACUGAUAUGACCAUUGGUACUGAUUCCGCUUUGCAUCGUAUCAUUGAAAGCAUUGACGCAAUCGUUAGUACUGCGUAUUCUCAUCAAAGGACAUUCAUUAUGGAAGUUAUGGGUCGUCAUUGCGGUUACCUGGCUCUAGUGGCAGCCAUAUGUUGCGAAGCUGACUUUGUAUUCAUCCCAGAGUGGCCACCUGAACAGGAUUGGCCAAACAAGCUGUGCAAAAAGUUGUUGCAGGAACGACUUACUGGCCAACGUUUGAAUAUUAUCAUUGUGGCUGAGGGAGCAGUGGAUCGAAAUGGCCAGCCAAUUACAGCUGAAAAAGUCCAUAAUGUUGUUGUAGAUAAGCUACAACAAGACACCAGGAUUACCGUUCUUGGUCAUGUCCAAAGAGGUGGUAAUCCGUCAGCUUUUGAUAGAGUUCUGGGCUGUCGAAUGGGAGCGGAAGCUGUGAUGGCUUUAAUGGAAGCAACACCGGAAACAGAAGCUUGCGUCGUUACGCUGGACGGAAAUCAAGCCGUUCGAUUGCCGCUAAUGGAGUGUGUCCGUCGUACCAAGGCAGUAGCGCAAGCUAUGGCCGAUAAAAAUUGGGACCUAGCUGUUCAACUCCGUGGAAAAGGAUUCGCUCGCAACUUGGAGACAUACAAGAUGUUGACUCGUCUGAAAGCGCCUGUAGAUCACGAUCCGAACAAGGAAAGUAAUGGCCCCGCAUUAACAAAGCAAUUCACUCUAUGCGGACAAGACCAUUAUACGUUAGCUGUGAUGCAUAUAGGAUCGCCUUCCUGUGGUAUGAACGCGGCCGUGCGUUCAUUCGUUAGAAAUUGUAUAUAUCGAGGCGACAAGGUUUACGGAAUUUGCGACGGAGUAUUGGGUCUUAUGGCUGGAAAGUUCAAACAGAUGGAUUGGCCAUCCGUCACCGGGUGGGUAGCUCAAGGUGGUGCUUAUUUGGGAACGAAACGUACUCCUCCGAAAGAGGAGCAGUUGCCCCAUAUUGCCCAGAAACUCAAGGAAUAUGGAAUUCAAGCGUUGCUUAUUAUAGGAGGAUUCGAGGGUUACCAGACGGGACUUAGUUUCUUCAAAGCUAGGGAUAAGUACGAAGAAUUCCGAAUUCCCAUUGCUAUGAUACCUGCAACUAUCAGUAACAAUGUGCCGGGUACAGAAUUUUCAUUAGGUUGUGAUACUGCUCUGAAUGAAAUUACGGAGUCGUGUGGAUGUAUGGUUCGUGUAUUUAUUAUUGAAACAAUGGGUGGUUAUUGCGGUUAUCUAGCCACUGUGGCUGGAUUAGCUGGCGGCGCUGACGCGGCAUAUAUAUUCGAGGAGAAAUUCAAUAUCAAAGAUUUAAAUCAGGAUGUGAUUGCGAUGGCUGCGAAGAUGUCCGAAGGUGUACAGAGGGGUCUUAUCCUGAGAAACGAGAACGCUAAUUUAAAUUACAAUACAGAUUUUAUGCAGAGACUGUUCAGCGAAGAGGGAAAGGGUCUCUUUAGCUGUAGAAUGAAUAUCAUAGGUCAUAUGCAACAAGGUGGUUCGCCGACUCCGUUCGAUCGUAACUUGGGUACAAAGAUGGGUUCCAAAGCGGUCGAUUGGUUCAGCGACCAGCUGAAGAAGCACACUAACGCCGAUGGAAAAACAUUAACCACGGAUAACGAUACUGCGGUUAUGAUCGGUAUAGUGCGGAGACAAUAUAGAUUUACUCCGUUUGAGGAUCUUCUCGAAGUAACCGAUUUUGAGCAUCGCAUUCCAACGUAUCAAUGGUGGAUGAAAUUACGGCCGUUGCUCAAAGUUUUAGCGAAACACGAGUCCACGUACGAGGAGGAAGGACUUUAUAUAACUAUCGAGGAAAUGGAUCUCGAGAAUGACCCACCUCUUGUCUAAGCGAACAAUUACACUUCACGAUGAUACGGUAUAAGGUAAUGUUCCGUAAAGUGUAUAAUGUUAAUCGUGGAAAGUAGAUUCUAUUUGAAGAGUAUUACAGUAUUGUAUGGCAUUAUGGUAACCAUGUUCCGUUGUUAUCUUCGAGGCGAACGAUCAAAUUUUAGAUAUAAAAUCGUAGAAUACAACCUUCUGCGGGAUUUAAUUGUAAGUGAAACCAUUCUUAUCGUUGACUGCAAAAUUCAUAAUGUAUACACGGUGCACCUGUCGUUUUGUAUGUUCAGUUUAUUUAAUAACGAGACAUUAGCGCGCUGAAAACCUUGAAUGUGAACGAUCUAAAUAAACGACAGACUAUUGCACAUUA